UUUAUAUUACAUAUAAUGUAUUUAAUACUGGACGAAAAAGCUAAAACAGGGGAGAGAGCGGAAUAUCACAAGGCCACGAAAAGAAACAGAAAGACACAGCAAAUGGUAAGUGUAGUGAAGUGGUAUAAACCACUUACCUCUGUCCGUUUAUCUCCGCCACUGCACUCGCUUCUCCGUUCUAUUCCCACUCAUCGCGUCCCUACCAGAAAAAGAGCAACCUUCUUUCGCCUCUUCAAUUCUCUAAGCUCAUCCCGUCCCUUAAUUGACGACAAACUUAACGGCGUUGAUGGAACAUUAACUCCAUCGACGGAGCUGUAUCUGUACAAUACAAUGAGCAGAAAUAAGGACCUUUUUAAACCUAAAGUUGAGGGUAAAGUUGGAAUGUACGUUUGUGGUGUAACCGCUUACGAUCUUAGCCAUAUUGGCCAUGCUCGCGUCUAUGUUACUUUCGAUGUUCUCUACAGAUAUCUUAAGCAUUUGGGCUAUGAUGUUUGUUAUGUUCGAAAUUUUACUGAUGUUGAUGAUAAGAUAAUUGCUCGAGCAAAUGAAUUAGGUGAAGAUCCAAUUAGUUUGAGCAGACGAUAUUGUGAAGAAUUUCAUAAUGAUAUGGUGUACCUUCAUUGCUUACCCCCUUCUAUUGAACCAUGUGUGUCAGAUCAUAUGCCUCAAAUAAUCAAUAUGAUCAAACAGAUUCUUGAUAAUGGAUGUGCUUACAGAAUUGAUGGGGACGUUUAUUUUUCGAUAGAUGGAUAUCCUGAAUAUGGCAAAUUAUCUGGGCGGAAAUUGGAAGAUAAUCGGGCUGGUGAGCGAGUGGCUGUUGAUUCAAGAAAGAAAAAUCCUGCAGAUUUUGCAUUGUGGAAGUCUGCAAAAGAAGGUGAGCCCUUUUGGGAGAGUCCAUGGGGGCCUGGUAGACCUGGAUGGCAUAUUGAGUGCAGUGCAAUGAGUGCUGCUUAUCUUGGUCACUCUUUUGACAUCCAUGGUGGUGGAAUGGACCUUGUAUUUCCCCAUCAUGAAAAUGAGAUAGCUCAGAGUUGUGCUGCAUGCAGAGGUAGUAAUAUUAGCUACUGGGUACAUAAUGGCUUUGUCACUAUUAACUCAGAGAAAAUGUCUAAAUCACUUGGAAACUUUUUCACAAUUAGGCAGGUUAUAGAUCUUUAUCAUCCACUGGCCUUGAGGUUUUUCUUGUUGGGAACCCACUAUCGAUCUCCAGUCAACUACUCUGAUGUUCAGCUUGAGAGUGCGUCUGAACGUAUAUUUUACAUAUAUCAGACCUUGCAUGACUGUGAAACUGUCAUCAGCCAGCAUGAGACGGCAUUUGAGAAAGAUUCUGUGCCAUCUGACACUUUGGAUGGCAUUAAUAAGUUCAGUGAUGUGUUUGUCACCUCAAUGUCAGAUGAUCUUCACACGCCUGUUUUAUUGGCUGCACUGUCUGAUCCAUUAAAAAUCAUCAAUGAUAUGCUGCAUACCAGAAAGGGGAAAAAACAGACAAAGAGAAUACAGUCACUUGCUGCUUUAGAAAAGAUAGUCAGGGAUGCGCUGUCUGUCUUGGGGUUGAUGCCAACGACUUACUCUGAGGUUCUGCAGCAACUGAGAGAAAAAGCACUGAGGCGUGCAAAGUUAACAGAAGAACAAGUAUUGCAAAGAAUUGAAGAAAGGACUGUAGCUAGAAAGAAUAGAGACUAUGAAAGAUCAGAUGCUAUCAGGAAGGAUUUAGCUACUCAUGGAAUUGCUCUCAUGGAUAGUCCAGAUGGAACAAGUUGGAGACCAGCGAUUCCUCUUGCAAUGCAAGAGCAGCAAGCUGCUGCCACAUGACUGGCUUCUUCUAGACUUCACAUGCAUGACUUUAUGGUUCUUUCAAGAUUAGAGCAUAUUUCUCCAAAUGAAACUCAGGAAAUUAGUUAUGAAGCCUCCUAGAUUAUAUAUUGGGAUGAGAAACUGUAAAUUUCAUGUACGAGGGAGCAAAUUUUUUGAGGUGACCAUGUAAUAAUACAUUUUUUUAAUGGGUUAUACCAACAGCGACACAGCUGAUGCCAUUAUUUAUA